AUGACCUCAGUCUUGACCCCUCGCUUCCCCCCCUUGACCCGGAUCAGAGUUGACAUGGCACCAGAAUUGCACCGUCAUGGCAUCUUCCGACUAUCUGUGGCCAUGUCCACUCGUCAACGUGAGGCCCUCAUUCGUCCUCGCUCCUUUUCACGGCCAAAUGCGCCACUAGAGUUCAACAACCGCCAUAGAGGAGGACUGUGGAGGCUUGAUAGCAGCCUACUCCUCAAGCUCGGCUGCACCAACCACUGCGAAGAGCUCUGCCCUCCUGAAAUGCAGGCUGGGCUCGUCGCCACCAACUACCUGUGGCUAUGCGAAGACUGUCACGAAAGGAAGACCAACAUCGACCUCGACGACCGAUGUAACAAGUGGGCGGAUCUAAUGAUGGACAUUCCCGAGUGUGAUGCUCAGCUUCGCAUCCACAUGGAGGACGCGGUCCGCGUCCGCGAAAAUUACGAGGAAGUAGCAUGCGAAAAUUCACGAGUCGGUUGCAUAGAGGAGAUCCAGUGGGUGGUUGAAUGGACGUACGAGUAUGGACUUAUGCUCUACGAUGUCUUAUUCAAGAAGGCUUGGGAGCCGUUAAAGGCUGCUACCAGGAUAGAUGAGUUGAGGAUAUUGAAAAUGCGUGAGUGGGAUUUCCUCGUCGUCAAGGAUGCUUUGCGGAGUCCCAAAGCACUUUUCGAGGAGCAGUCGAACGAGACAUACUGGUUCAUCAACGAUCAAUUCAAUGAGCAGUACUUACUACGAAGACAACUACAACAGCCCCCUGUGCGUAACAGACCGCCGAUUCCUUUGUUUCCCUGGAAGAGCCAAGAAGACGAGAGGCAUGCAAGCGAGAGCACUGAUACCUUGAGCAGUGAAGAGUUGGGCAAUGAUGGGAAUGAGAUAAUCACGGACAGCCAAGACGAGCAGCCACACGUAGAACAUUGUCCUGCAACACCAUCAUCUCCUAUAGGAAGAGGCGACCAUUCCACCUCAGACGACACAGCAAUGAGGGAUUCAAGCAGGUCAGACCAGCCAGGGGACAGGACUCUCGACGGGUAG